GAAGAAGGUCAGCAGGCGGAACAUCACCUGAAACAGACAUUAAUGAUAAAACACCAGUACCACCUUUCCCAGAUCAUCUACAGGAGCCUCAUCUCCCGCUAAACGAGUUCCUGGCAGGAGCAGAUACCCAUGACUGAGCUUCAACUGAAGGCCAUUUGUGCAAUAACUGGAUCUGGACAGUGAGUGAAGAUGGUAAACUCUGCUGACAUUUUUAUUUCUACUGCCCAGAGGUUUCUGUGCUGUGGGAAUAAGAAGAAACGUCUUUCUUCACUGUCAUGCCUUGAUGUGGCUGUCCAGAUUUUAGCAGUGGACCUGGGUCUCAAACCAGCUUUUCUAUAUGACUGCAAUGCUGCCUCUGCAGAGCAACUCCUGCAGUAUCUGAACUCACUACAGGACGCUGGACUGCUGACCACAAUCCUGCAGGUGGUCUCUAUUGAUGGAAAUAAUCUGGUUGUGAACUCUGAGCUGAUGAAGUCACACCUGGCUGAACUGAUCUCAGAAAGGAGAAUAAUCACUGUGGAUGUGUGUCCCUGGAAAGAGCAGCCUGCCAUAUGUGACAUGGAGAGCAGAUCUGUGGAGAUGAUUAAAGCCAUUUCAGAGUUAUUUCUGAAUAAAGCUGACAAAGAUUCUUCCGUCUGCAUGUUACCAGAGCAGAUGUAUGAUCAGUGGAACUUGUGCACACUUUUUGGGAUCAUUUUAGGCUAUCCUGCUACUUAUUGGUUUGAUCAGAGCCAGAAUUUUGAGAACUGUCUGAAAAUGACCCCCCUGGUGGUCUACAAGGUUUGGGUUUGCUGGGAAGCUGGUGAUAAAAAGCACUGCAGUUGUCUUUACUCAUUCAGUGUUCCUGAGAUAUUGUGGUCAGAAGUUCACGCUUAUAUACAACAAUGGACUGAGCUUUUAAGUGACAGAUUUAGUAAGCAGAAGGUUCUGACUGAGCUCAGUUUUUCUCAGGAAACUGUUGUUUUGCCCUCUGUAGCUCUCUAAGUGCCUUGUUACAGAGCCAUGUGAUAUAAAACUGAAAGCUGGUAUAAAAUAAAGGACUUGGCAAACAUUUUAUGUAAACCAAGCUGCAAAAACA